UUUGCAUAGGACAUUUUCACUGCAGACUUCUCCAUCUAGCCCUGUGCUAUAAUUGAAAUGGCGCGUUUAGCUGGAGGCAGGUUGUGAGGGCGCUUUCUGCAAUAGCAGAAUGCAUGUCGAUAGACGUAAUUUGGUUUUAACGGCCUACAGGACAUUUGGCGUUACUACUGGAGACAUUAGUGGAGAAAGGACAGGGAAAAAUCGCCGCAUGAAAAGUAUCCAAGGAUAUCUACAUAUUAUUAUUCUAUUUUAUUGACACUGUCAACAAGUUACUAGUGUGCCUUUUGUAAUAGCUCCAAGUACACGACUAGGGAAGCGUGCCCUGUUUUACUUAUUUAACUGGAGAAUGGAAAUAUAUGCCUAGCUGGAAAUGCCUGGGGAAAUUUUACAUCAGACGAAAUGACAAUGAUUAAAAUCUGCUUUUUUCCUGCUCUAAAUAUAUUGAGCGACGUGACACUUGCCUGAUACUGAACAGCACUUACCCGUUAUCCCCUGCAAACCAGAACGUUAAACCGUUACGGGGGCUGUAUUUCUUUUCUCCGGAAAAUACGAAAAACGUAACAUUAAUCGUUAUAUCUGGCAAUAGACAUAAUUUAUGUAACAGGGAGAGAGUAUCACUUUUUAUUUUUAAAAUCGGACUGGGUGCGAGUAGAGUUGAGCUAAUUGUAGCCUAAUCCUUGCCCCAGAGGCGAUUGGGCAGCCCGGAGCAAGAAUUCUUUUUUAGCGCUGCUCUGUUAUUUAGAGACGGGAUUAUUGGCUUUCUUCUCAUAACAGACCGGCAGUUUCAUUUAAGCAAAAAGGCACUCAAGAAGCUAAAAUACGAAGCAGGAUUUGACCGACUCAAAUAAGAACCGAAAAGGGAAAGGAGAGAUAUCUUCUAUGUAUAAGGAAGGAAGAAGCAUGUCACGCCUGUCUUUGACCCGGUCCCCGGUAUCUCCUAUGUCCACACAAGGAAUCCCUCUACCGGCUCAACUGACAAAGUCGAAUGCUCCGGUUCACAUUGACGUCGGGGGACACAUGUAUACUAGUAGCCUGGCUACUCUCACCAAAUACCCAGACUCAAGAAUCAGCCGUCUGUUUAAUGGCACAGAGCCCAUCGUGCUGGACAGCUUGAAGCAGCACUACUUCAUCGACAGGGAUGGAGAGAUAUUCCGCUACAUUCUCAGCUUCCUCAGGACCUGCAAACUGCUUCUCCCAGAUGACUUCAAGGAGUUCCACCUGCUGUACGAGGAGGCUCGGUACUACCAGCUGUCCCCCAUGAUUAAGGAGUUGGAGCGUUGGAAGCAGGAGCGGGAGCAGCGCAGGACGGCCCAGCCCUGUGACUGCCUGGUGGUGCGGGUGACGCCUGACCUGGGUGAGCGGAUCGCCCUCAGCGGGGAGAAGGUGCUCAUCGAGGAGAUCUUCCCCGAGACUGGAGACGUCAUGUGCAACUCGGUGAAUGCCGGCUGGAACCAGGACCCCACGCACGUAAUCCGCUUCCCCCUCAACGGCUACUGCAGGCUCAACUCUGUCCAGGUUCUAGAGCGUCUGUUCCAGAAGGGUUUCAGCAUGGCAGCGUCCUGCGGCGGCGGGGUGGACUCCUCCCAGUUCAGCGAGUAUGUGCUGUGUCGUGAGGACCGGCGGAGUAUGUCCAUGAACACCCCCAUCAGGAUAAAACAGGAGCCCCUAGACUAGAGAGGGACUUUAGGAGAGGAGAGGGACUAGCCACGAGGGGCUCAUCACCCCCCUACUGGACAGAACAGAACAAAUCCAAACCCUAAUAUUCCUCCACCUCACACCACAAAAAACCAACCCAGCAAGAAACACCUAAGUAUUAGCAGACGCCUGGUAACGUUGCCAGCUCUGAGGAACUCAGUGCUCUGAGGGGAAUGUAUCAAACACAAAAAAGGAAAUAAAGAAAACAAAAGUCUUUGAUUCUGUUUACUAAUAACACCCAAAGAAAUCUGGGACUAUGAUGAAGAACAAAAAGACUGAAACAGCAGCUCCAUCUCUUGAACCAUUUAAGCACCGUGACCAAUCUCUAUUUUCUCCAGUUGUAAGGCUCUCUGACCCCUUGUGAAGAGGUGUCUCCUGACCUCAGUGAGGAGCACGGCCCCCUUGCCGACCCCCCCUCGGUGCAGUGCAAGGCGGUGUGUCGUCCAGUCCUGUACGUGUCUGUGUGAGGCCCAUGUGUUGUGUGCGCCGGCCAGUGCAACUGAGUGGGGACGAGACAGGUCCAAUUUAGGGAGGCCUGGCCUGACAAGGGACAGGGCUGGCAGAGAGGAAGAGGAGGAAUCGACAGAGUCAUUCAACAAACACACAUCGUCCCGCCAGCCCAGUGGCCAUCCAGCCCACAUCGCUCUUAUAGCCAGCAACCAGGCCUCGCAGCCAAGAGAGGUCCGAUUGAUUGUCUUUCUGGUUUUCAUUGUUGUUUAUGAAGUGCAACUUUUUUCUCUGUUUUUUGCUGUUCUAUCACAAUAUGGUGUAAACAAUUAUUAAUAGGAUUGUUUUAUGUUUUUUUUCCUCCUUUAUGAAGGAGGUAUGAACGUUGUAUUCAGAGUCAUUAGGUUUGAAAGCUUGAGAGAAUGAGAAAGAGAGAGAGAGAGAGAGAGAGCGAGAGAGAGAGAGAGAGAGAGACUUGGCAGUGGCUAUAGAAACACUAUUAUGUCUGGAGGCUACGUGGCUAAAGCAGCAGUCUGGCUGGUAAUGCAUUCAGAGCUGGAGUAGGUCUCAUUGUUUAAAUGAGGCUGCAAGGGAUCCUGGCUAUUUGUACAUCUUUCAGAGGAAACAUUUGUAGCACACAUAAAAAGUGCAUUGGCGCUGUUGCAAUUAGCUGUAAAACAUAUCUUAAAUCAAAUAACAUUAACAAUGUGAGAGUACAUAUAUGUAUUAAAAAGUUAAAAGUCAAAAGGUAAAAUGAUCUGCAAUGUGAAAUGAGAAAUCUUUAUACGAAGGCUCUGAAUGUGUUGCUGAUUGGUUGUGGAAUGCCAGAAUGUUCAUAACUUGAAAACGAACAUGUGAACUGAGAUAAAUCAGUGUAUCUCCAUGUUUUUGAUGAGAUGUACUCUAAAUGCUUGAACUUUGUUUGCACUUAUAACACAUCAUCUACAAAACUUCUGCCACCCAAAACAAGUUAUUAGUAUACGUCCUGAUGACCAGUGCCAAGUCAACCCAGAUGUUAUCUCAUUGUGUUUAUAGUAAUUAGCACAUAUUAAUAUGUUGAGAGAGCCCAAAACAAUGUAAGUAAUAGCAAACUUCGGUGAUAAAGCUAAGGUGCCUAUUUGAUGAUUGUACAAAGUUUAAAAUUCAUGUUUUCAUAAUUGUUUAUUUGACACAGAAAUCACUAUGAUUUUUCAAAACUAUUUUAUACAAACAAACACAGUACAAAUAGUCUGACAAUUGAAAGAAUACCGUUCAAUCAUGGAAGCCCCUAAUGUUUGUCUUGCGGACUGUCUGUCACCUCAUUUCUAAGGCAGGAUUAUUUCAAUCACUCUUCACGUCUGCAGCAGUAUAACCUAAAAUGAAGUGUAAGCUGAGCAUCAGAGCAUUGUUUACAGAGUGGGAGGCACUUACUCUAUCCUGCUGUGAUUCCAUGGUUUGAUUCUCUACAUUUGUGGAUCAAAGAGAGAAACAAGAAAGAAAGAGUAUACGUUUUCAUACUUUCUAUCUGUGUAACUUACAGACACUGUUUCUUCCAUUCCAAAAUACUUGAUAAAAAAAGAGGCCCAUUCUGAUCUUGGUUCAGCACAGGCUAGUUAAUGAGUUUGUUUUGAAAUUUCCUAUGGUGGGUGUUUUCAUUAAACAUUACGAAAAUCUUAAUUCAAAUGGGAUGGUACUCUAAUAAUUUGUAACAAACCAACUCUCGACUUGGUCCUAGUGUCCAGUGUCCUCUCUGCGGAUGGCCACUGAUUAAACAAGCCACAGGAUUCUUCAAUCUUCACUUCUUAAAGAUGGCCAGGCUUAGUUAGUUAGUUUAGCUCCUAGAAGUCCAGAAGGCAGCACAGACCUCCUGGGGGGCCUCCCUCCCAAUCAGGCUCCUCUUUGUUCUGACCUGCUACUGGCCUGGGCCCUUGCAUCCAGUCACCUCAAAGGGAAUGGCCAACCAGGCCUUUCAUGUUGCUGAGGGAUGUGGAGCUUCAGAGCCCAGCAGGUCCCCCGGGCUCCCAUGCACUCCCAGCUCCUCAGCAAUGCCAGUAGAGACAAGGGUUGUGCCCCCCACUGCGUCAUCACAUUCCUAGACCUUUCUGUACAGAGCACCCUCCUAACAUUACCCCCAUGGCUCACUGGAUUGCACCGCACCACACUAGACCAAACAAACAUUCCCUCCCUACUUUAUGUCCUCUGGUGUCUCUAGAUUCAACUUUCCAUCUCAAGGUAACCGGCUCAGUUCUCAAUGGUUCUGAAUAGUUACAGUAUGUGGCAGCAUUUAGCUCACCUUCAUCAGUUCACGUCCUUGUUGACACAAGAGUAAAGCAACUCAACAAUACCUCUUACAGGUGGCAGGUUCUCACAGAUACCUCAUUACAUUACUGGGGCAUUUCCUCUAAUAUACUGUAUGUUUUCACACAUACACUCUCAGAAAAAAAGAGUGCUAUGUAGCACCAUUUGUCCUAGUUGGAGAACACCCUGAAAAUUGGCUCCAGAUAGAACCCUUUUGGGUUUCAAAUAGAACCUGGGUUCCAAAUAGAACCUGUUAAAGGGUGCUAUUUGGAACCAGAAAGAGCUGUAUCUGAUCUUAAAUGGUUCUAUCUAGAAACUUUUUCAGAGGGUUCCGCUACAGGGAAAAAUGGUGCCACAUAGCACUCUUUUUUUCUGAGAGUGUACCAUUUUCUUUUAGUAAUUUGUGGUCAGUAAGUUGGUAGACCAUAAUUAACAAGUCCAGAGACCAGAGGGCAGUUGUACAGUUGUUUGUAUAUUAAAUUGUUAUAAGGACUGGCUUUUACUGAGCCCUCGACCAUCUUAUUAGAAAAGAGACCUCUAAGUCCUCUCACUCACUACAAAACAAAAAAAUAAUUUCAAAUUCGCAAGCAUUAUUGUUGUGUACAUAUGAAUUAAAAACAUUUCAAAAGGGUAUACUUAAGGUACAAAAUGUAUAUUAUUUAAAAUGUUUUAAUAAUUAGACUGUGGUAUUAAAGGGCAUGUGUUCACUUACAGUGUGUCCAUUAGAUUUUUCUUGCAUAUUUGCGAUAAUAAAAGGAUGUACUGUAUAUUUCCUGCCUCG